UAUCGACCUUCAACCUCAGCCUCGACCAUGGCGACACACGCCUCCACAUUGAUCAUCGGGGGUGGUCCCUCUGGUCUGGUGUCUCUGAAGUACACUCUCAAACAUGGUCCAGCAUUCACUGGCGACGCACCGCCGAUGCUUGUCGAAAUGGAGAGCGAGAUCGGGGGCACAUUCCGAUGGAGGGGGUACGAGAAUGCAGAGCUGGUCAGUAGCAAGCAGUUGACUUGUUUCUCAGACUUCAGGUAUCCUCUGAAUGCUCCCGAUCACCCAUCUCUUCCGAACUUUGUCAACUACCUGAAAGAUUAUGCCUCUCACUUCAAACUCCUACCGUACAUACACCUCUCCACCAAGCUCCUGUCUCUGGAACGGAACGAUUCCGAUCCAGAUGGGUUCAUUCACCGAGCGACGAUUCGACGAUUGUCUCGAGGGUCCGACGAAGGUCAGGAAUACACCGUCCUCGCCAAACGAGUGAUCAUCACGACUGGUCUCCACGUGACGCCCAAUAUCCCUCCGAUCCGAGGUCUCAAUACUGGUCAUUCACCUCGUGCCCCUCAGUGGAUCCAUUCAUCACAGUACAAGUCGCGCUCUCAGCUUGCUGAUCGGCGCGUACUCGUUCUUGGAGCCGGCGAGACAGGGAUGGACGUAGGGUAUGAGUCGGUACUUUCCAAUGCGACUCGGACAUGGAUGGGAGUUCGAGGUGGAUUCCUGUCAUUUCCAAAAGUCUUGAACAACUUCAGGGUCCUAGGGACGACAUUUGAUGGAAAUCUGCCCAUUGACGGUCUCAUCACCAACCUUUUCGAGACUGCCUAUGUUCAUCCUUGGGUCGCGGCUUCGCAUCUCAGAUGGUUCGUCUCCGACUUUGUCAUCAAACGGGUCCUCUGGGUUCUCACUGGAACACAGGCGGGAUGUAAUCAGUGGGCUGGAGAACUCCCACCGGAGCGACAGGGUAGAGCAUACGUCUUUUUGAACAAAUCGGCCAAAGCGAUGCAAUUCAUCAAUCGACCUUAUCGGAAAAUGUCUCGAUUACACCAAUUCUUUGCGCACUACAUCGAUCCACCGCUCCCCAAAGGCGUCAGAGACCCGACUAUCCAUUUGGUACCAUUCCCGACGCACUUCGAUGAGGAGGGUCGCGCGAUAUUCCCUCAGCCACCGAAACAUCGACGGAAGGAGAUCGGAUGGAAGGAGGAAUGCAAGCCGGACCUCGUCGUCUUAUGUACAGGUUACAAGCAGGAAUGGGACUGGCUUGGUGAGGGGUAUCCAAGAGGGCCAGACGAGUGUAAUAUCAGAGGGGUCUGCUGGGACAAGGACCUAAGCAUUGGGUUCGUUGGCUUUCUGCGUCCAGGUGUUGGCGCGAUCCCGCCAAUGGCAGAGAUGCAGGCUCAGCUCUUCAUUCUCCUGUCAAUGGGUCGUAUACCUGUGCCGCGGUCACCUGAAAACUACCAUCUGCUCCAUUCGCCAGCGUCGCGCAUUCAGUACGGGGUUGACUACUCGACCUACAUGGCCACACUGGCCAGGGAUAUGGGAUCAGCACCGGGUCUGAAAGAGCUCUGGAGGGAACAUGGAUGGUUCGUAACGUUUGUGUAUUGCUUUGGAGCUGCUUUCCCCACCUUUUAUCGCUUGACUGGCCCAUUCCGCUCGCCAAAGGCACCCGAGAUCGUUCGCACAGAGUUGUGGGAAACGAUAGCUCGUCGUGGAUUCAUUGGAAACAUAUUCAUGGGUGUCAUUCCGAUGGCGUUCUACGCAUGGGUCAAUCUCAUGGCUCUGAUCCUGGAAUCGUGUUGGAUAAAGGUGGCCCCGAGACUGGGCUAUCGCUACCAGCGAAUGCAAAAUUAGGCGCUGCUGAAGGUAUAUGUAUACAUGAAAGUGAC